CAUCCUCCUCGGAGCAUCGAGCAUCGUUCCGGAGGAGAUGAGCAUCCUCCCCGCCCUAAGACACUCAUGAAUACCGAGUAGGGUCGCUGAUUCUCGCACAAACACAGCAGGGAUAUACAGGACAGGAACAUGGCUAAACACCGCAAAGAGAGAGACAGCUGGGGUGAGUGGUCCCUGAGCGACAAGCCGGUGUACGACUGGAGCUCGGAGGAGGAGGAGCCUGACGGACGGGCGCGGCCGAUUCAAGUCCUGCUGGUGAAGGACGACCACACCUUCGAGCUGGACGAGGCGGCGCUGAGCCGGAUCCUGCUGAGCGCAGAGGUCCGGGACCGAGAAGUGGUCGCCAUCUCUGUGGCCGGAGCCUUCCGGAAGGGCAAGUCCUUCCUCAUGGACUUCAUGCUGCGCUACAUGUACAACCACGCGUCUGAGGGCUGGCUGGGCGUUGCAGACGAGCCUCUGACCGGCUUCUCCUGGAGGGGGGGGUCGGAAAGAGAGACCACCGGGAUCCAGAUCUGGAGCGAAGUCUUCCUGGUGGACAAACCCGACGGCACCAAGGUGGCUGUUUUGCUGAUGGACACUCAGGGAACGUUUGACAGCCAGUCGACUCUGAGAGACUCGGCCACCGUGUUCGCUCUGAGCACCAUGAUCAGCUCCAUGCAGGUUUACAACAUCUCACAGAAUGUACAAGAGGACGACCUUCAGCACCUGCAGCUCUUCACUGAGUACGGCAGACUAGCCAUGGAGGAGACGUUCCUCAAACCCUUUCAGUCUAUGAUCUUCCUGGUUCGAGACUGGAGCUUUCCCUACGAGUUUCCCUACGGACAGGAGGGAGGCAUGAAUUUCCUGGAGAAGAGACUGAAGAUCUCAGAGAACCAGCAUGAGGAGCUGCAGAACGUCCGUAAACACAUCCACUCCUGCUUCACCAACAUCUCCUGCUUCCUGAUGCCCCACCCCGGACUCAAGGUCGCCACCAACCCCAACUUCGACGGCAGGAUUCAAGAGAUUGAUGGCGAGUUCAUCAACAACCUGAAGGUCUUGGUGCCGUGGCUGCUCAGCCCUGAGAACAUCGACGUGAAGGAGAUCAACGGCAGCAAGAUCACCUGCAGAGGCCUGCUGGAGUACUUCAAGGCGUACAUUAAAAUUUACCAAGGUGAGGAGCUGCCCCAUCCAAAGUCCAUGCUGCAGGCCACAGCAGAGGCGAAUAAUCUGGCUGCAGUCGCUGCUGCAAAGGAUCUGUACAGCAAGAAGAUGGAGCAGGUGUGCGGGGGGGACCGGCCCUUCCUCGCCCCCAGCGAGCUGCAGAAGCGGCACGGGGCCAUCAGAGAGGAGGCGUUGCAGGUGUUCAAGGGCGUGAAGAAGAUGGGCGGCGAGGAGUUCAGCCGGCGCUACCUGCAGCAGCUGGAGGCCGAGGUGGACGAGGUGUUCGUCCAGUACAUCAAGCACAACGACUCCAAGAACAUUUUCCACGCCGCACGCACCCCCGCCACCCUCUUCGUGGUCAUCUUCGUCAUGUACGUGGCCGCCGGCAUCACAGGCUUCGUGGGCGUGGACGUGAUCGCCAGCCUGUGCAACAUGGUGCUGGGCCUGGCGCUCAUCACGCUCUGCACCUGGGCCUACAUCCGAUACUCUGGGGAGUACCGAGAGCUGGGGGCCGUCAUCGACCAGGUGGCCGGGGCCCUGUGGGACCAGGGGAGCACAAAUGAGGCUCUCUACAAGCUGUACAACGUAGCAGCCAAUCACAGGCACCUCUACCACCACGCGUUCCCCGGGGGCGCUCAGGAGGACGAGGCUGCGGAGGAGCCGGUCAGGAAGAGGAACUGAUCACUGAGACAGACUCCAUCAGACACUCUUUUACUCUGGUGUCGGCCCACCAGUACAUCCACUACUCAAAGCUAAUAAGGGACUGUGUAAUGUUCAUGUAAACGCAGAGCAUCUCCUCAGCGGCGCCUGGAGCUCACCUUCGGCUCUUUUUUCCCCAUGAAAUAUCACCUGUACAGAAGCUCCGGGAUCGUCUUGGCAUAUUCAACCUUCAACAGAGGGUGAUAACUGGGCACAGGCCUGGGAUCCAAAGUGUCAGGGGCCCCCUUACCUUCACCUACGAUAUACUCAAAGAGACUUGCACCAAUCAGAAAGAUACACAAAAUGACUACAGAGUGACUUUAAAAGACACACAAUUAUUACAAAGUGACUUCAAAUGAUUACAAAGGGACUUAAAUGACCGCAAUAGACACAAAAUGACUAUAAAGACACAAAAUGCAUACAUUUUGUCACAUAUUGACCACAAAGUGACUGGAAAUGGCUACAAAGUGACUUAUAAUGACGACAAAAAGAUAAAAUCACAACAAAGUAACAUCAAAUUCUUAUGAAAAGGCUUAAAAUGACCACAAAAUGACAAAAAAGUGAAUCAAUAGGACUACAAAGAGACACAAAAUGACCACUUAGUGACUGAACAUGAUUACAAAGAGAGCUUAAUGACCACUAAAAGACCCAAAAUGUCUACAAAGUGACUUAAAAUGACUACAAAAAAACUACAUAAAUACACAACAUUAUCACGAGAAGACUUAAAGUGACUAUAAAGACAAGAGGGGGGUCCUUCGCAUGUCCGUGCCCACGGGCUCCAGUCUGUUGUUGACUUAAUUUCCAACACAUUUUUUUCCACCUCAUUCGGCUCCAACGCUGGUUUUCAGAGUAUACUCAGAUGUGUGAAACCCAUUCGUGCCGAUGGUUCUGUUCUUCGGAGUUUAGUGCUGUUCAUCAAAAACAAUGCUUAUGAUCUGCCAAACUGUGUACUGUGUGUUAAAAAAACAACGCUCCAUCAGCAUGGUUAGUGUCCGUCCUCUCUGGAGCUCUGAAGCAAGUCGUAAGAUUAUUCAGUUUAAUGGUUGUGACAAAGUGGUUUAGUGCCAUAAAUACAUGUAGACGAUGAUUUCACCGCGGCACUUUGAUUAUGAUUUCUGCAUCAGGGAGAAGUUUACACAUUAUAUUACAAUCUGCUGUUUGUGUGUUUUCUCUUUAAAGCUGAGGGAAUGAGUGUGUCUUGUUUUUUAUUGGAUGUUUGAGCAAAUCUGAGGAAUGUAGCUUUACACAGCUCGUUGUUAUUUGAAUUAUUCCACAUUAGUGACGUUUUAACUGUACCGAUUCCUUUGAGUUUAUACACUUCAAUGUUAAAAGCUUUCCAAUUUUAAGACUUUUUGCAUAAUAUUGCAUCAGCUUCUGCAGGAAUGAGUCCUAAAACCCAGAAAUAAGUCAGCAUUUUAGCACUUCUUGUUCUGUUUGUGUGGAAGUCAAUGGGUUUACUGAAGUAAAAGUAAAAAUACUAUGGGCCUAAAAUACUCCAUUGCAAGUCAAACUCUUAAAUUCAAGGAUUUACUAAAAGCACAUAAGCAUAAGCAUCAAAAUAUAAUUAAAUAUGCAGAAUUAUAUAUAUAUAUUUCAUUACUAAUAUUAUAAUUAUUUAAGCUUUGUCACACAUGUAGGCAUUUUUUCAGCAGAAUACGUUCCUGAUUAGACUAAAUAAAUACACAUGAAUUCUCAUAUCUUUUUUGUUAAAAAUGCUAUUAAUAUAUGAACUAUCUAAUAAUAUCAUUAUAUAUUGUACAUACUAAUAUAUACAAAAACACGAGGAUUUUUGGGCAGAUUGAGUACUUUUACUUGUAGAACCUUAAGGAUAUUUUUCCUGAUUAUAGUUGAAUACUUGUAAUGGAGUAUUUUAAAUGUAGUAUUAGUACUUUUGUGUAAGUAAACGAUUCUUCCAGCAACACUUCUUUUGCAGCUGCAGAAGAAAAAUGAUAUUUAUUUUUCAGGAUCGCUCUCUGCAAAUUCAGCGAGUCUCUUCUGAUGUUUGAGUCUCUCAGUGUGAAAUAAUCACAUCACAGAAACACCCGUACAGUCGUAAGGAAAGUAGCAUUAGUUAAUGUUGCAUUUAAGAUUUUCACGAUUUAAUCUGUUAUCAAAGUAUCACUACAAGGUAUUCUUGAUUUAAUUCAUUCCUGAAAUCUCCUACGGAUUUGUUGUGUUAGAGCACUGAAAGGUGAAAAACCUCCACGCUUAGUUUCUGAACACGCACUGCAAAACAUCCGUUACAAAUACAUAAAUAAUAAAGUUGGACCAAAUUAAAGAAAA